UAUCGGUCUUCACCAUGUCUUCGGAACCCCGUAAGCAGUCCGGACAGUACCAUCUGACGGGCUCGCAAAUCGUCGAGUCCAUCGACGAUCUGGGCUCGGAGGGACGCUGGGGAGAACUGAACCAGAGAGCCCAGCAGCAGUCUGCGACCGGUGGUGGUACCGGCACUACUUCCUCCACUACGCACCGGACGCAGGCCGCUCAGGCUAAGGCGCAUUCCUUCCGGCCCUAUACUGGUAGUUUGUCUACCUUACCUUUGAUCUUGACGAUGAGGAACUGAUCAUCAUGAAUUAGAUACCGAGCAGAGUGAGGAUCUGCAUCCCGAUGAUUAGGCCAUCGUCCAUGGUCGUCAGUCUGGCUUUGGCCGUGUAUAUCUGCCUCUACCCUGAUUUCUUAUACGUUAGGUCACUACUUAAGUGGAUGCUGUG